AUGCCAACUUGGCGCUAUCACUUGACCUUCAUCGACGAGGAGCCCAAGCUGAAGCCCUCCUCGCGCAGCAAGAGUGCUCCUCCGAAGCUCUUUCAGUCUGUCCCCAGUGUCUUUGAGGAAGGACGACUACAAAAGAAGAAUCUCCAGAAUCAGGUGGCACACUUGGAGAAGCGAUCUCAAGGAUUGGAGCGGCAGCUGGUGUAUCCCACCACAUCCCCGAGCCUGGGCAGCUGUGGUCAUCCUGAACUUUGUCGCAGGCAGUGCAUCAACUUCGCCAAGGGCACCUGCAACUUGGGGGCGGAGUGCCGCUUUUGCCACUUGUCCCAUCCACACAAGCAAUGGAAGUUGGACAAGAAGCAGCGCGAGAUUCUGAGGAGCCUUUCGCCUUCCAGCGUACUGGCCAUGUUGCUCCCCCACUUCCGACGCAAGGUGGAGGUGGAGAAUCUUUACCAAGCCAACGAGAUGAUUGACAUGUUGGAGCGUGAGCUGAUGUUGAGGCCGGAACCAGAGGAGACACAGGAGGUCAAUGUGGUGAAGAUGAGCCGUGUCUUUGAGAAGAUGCCCUUGGCAGCUCUGGUGGGUUUGGUGUCAAACACACAGUUCUCAGGCGAAGAGAGCAAAUGGAUGCUCUUUGGAUCUUCCAGGAGAAGUGCCGAUUCCUGCUUCUUCCCAGAGGUUCGACUGAAGAAUGGUGAGGACCCGGUGGUGGCGAUUCGACGGGUGGUCAUGGAACAUCUACACCUCUCCCAGGCCAUGCCAACGUGCAUCAUUUUUGGGAAGAAACAGCUGGAGGAGCAGCGGGCACAACAAGGUUUAGCCAAGUUGGUGGUGCGCCAGAUGGUGGACGUGCAGCUGGGUGAACCUGAUGUGGCCAUUCUGUGCUGCUUGAUGAUGCCUGGCAUGGAGAUGGAAGCUGAAGUCUUUGGAGUGAGUCUCCAGCGUGGCCGGCCCCACGACGAGGCGGAGGACUCGGUGGUGGCCGCCAUGAUGCAAGAACUGGUGGAAGGGGCGGAUUGCCGAGUCUCGCAUCCACCUUUGGCACUGGAGGGAGACGUGAGUCCCUCCUUCAAGGAAGCACAGCUGGCCACGCGAGCGGCCCAGAAAGAUCCCACCUUGCUGCGCUUCCUGCACGAGGCUUGGCGCUUGGGCAGCAGACCAAAGGUGGAGGAGAAGCAGGUGAUCCAGCAGCAUGACCCAGCGACUGGCAAGAAGAUCUACCGUGACGCCACCUGGCUGUGCCAACCGCUGGUGAGUUGCCUUUGCGAGACCCCUCGAUUGGCUGAACGCUUCAUCCUCUACAUGCUGCAUUUUGCCGGCACAGGCGGCGAUGCCCCGCUGGUACGCCCGGUGCCCUUCUUGCCGGAGCGCUUCGUGAAGCAGGCUUCGGCCGUGCUUUGCUUGCAGGCUGCGUGGCGGGCACAUCGUGAGCGUUGUUCCUUGAGCUGCAACUUGAAGACCGCGGCGACGAUCAGACGUUGUGCGCUGUGCAUCCAACGCUGCUGGCGCUGGAGCUUGCUGAAGCGACGUUUGGAGCUGCUUCAGGGAGCCAAGCGCGCCGCGCAGCGCGUGCGAGGCACGAGCCUCUUCAUUGAGGAGCGGCUCCUCAUCGCCUUGAACCUCAUUAACAGUGUGAAUCGAUAUCCGCCCUUGCUCUUUGAGAGCGCCCACGGCUUCGCGGCGACGGCGGAGGAUGAGCUGGUGCUGGUGGUGAAUCCCUUAAAGCAGAGUGCCUGGAAGCGGGUGAAGGAUGAUCCCAAGGAGAUGAAGGCUUUGCGCCGCGCCAGUCAGGGCCUCCCCAAGUGGCUUGGCCAGGCCAGGUUCGACGCGACCGACGGAUCUGUCCUCCGCGGCCGGAGGCUGUGGCGGAGGCGAGGACAGUGGGAGGAGGGCCGGAACGCAGAGGCCAUCGGAAGCUUACGCACCGUGGCGGGGGAUCAAUUUCAAGUGCAGAGCCACGGCCUCAGCAGGAGCUGA